AAACAUUUUUUAAAGUGAUACAACAAAGCAACGCUCUGUAAAAUUAUAUAAAUCCCGCAAAAAGUUAUCGCUUGUCUCCAUAUUUUUUCGUUUACAGUUCGGUUGUCUUAGCGGUUAUAGCAACUUCCGGUUGUCAACAAAUCGGUACGAUUAAAUUGUUCGAAGCCUGCAGAAGUAAACUACACCUUAUAAUAACUGUUGAUUGUUGCAUGGCAGCAGCUUUGAUACAGAAAAAGAUUUUAUUGGACACUGCACAAGCAAAGUAUGAUAGAUGCCUACCUGAAGUAAAUGCAAUACAAAUGGCCAGAGACGUUCCUAGGCAAUAUCAAAGAAAUGCAGAGGAUGUUCAGUUGUUGAAGUUUCCAAGUACAAAGAACAUUCUGUGGGAUCACACAGUGACAGGGGAACCACAGACAUUACAUAUAUCUUACUUCAGAAAACCAAGACUAUGUAUAACAGAGAAAGUUCUGAGGUUUGCCCAGAGACAUGUUGAGAGUGGAAAUCAACCAUCCUGUAGCUGUGUUCUCGUAGGCUCACUCAAUAUUGAUGAAGAUGGUGAAGGAGUGCUUUUUAAUGUGGAGAGGUUUGAUCCAGUUGGCGACCCAAACAGUUCCACAAGUCAUGCUGCUGGGGAUAUGCUUAUACCUUUCACAAUGCAAACAGGAAGUAAAGAAAGGGGGAGUACAGCUGAGGAUUACUCUAAUGCUCUGCAGUUAUUGCGGCAGAGAUGUUGCUCGAAAGACCCGGUAGAGCUGGGAAAUGUUUUGCUCACUAAGGGCUGGUGCAGUUUUUACACAACAAGAGAGACAUGUGUUCAUCACCUAGAGUUUGAGGUUGUAACUAUGGGAACAGAGAUAAAAGCUUUACCAAUUGAUCCUGUACCAAUUGUGCCCACAGCCUUGUCGAAAAAUCUCUCUGGUCCUAUGAGUAUAAGUCACAUGCAAGGCACCCCAAAAACUGGGUACCUUACAAUGGACCAUACUCGUAAACUUUUAUUGGUGCUAGAAUCUGAUCCUAAAGUGAUAAAUCUACCUCUUGUUGGAAUUUGGGUGAGUGGUGUUCCCUAUGUAUAUAGUCCCUAUGUUUGGGCAUGUUGCCUGAGAUAUCUACACAAUUCUGCCAUUCAGGACAGAGUUUGUACCCCACCAGAUCCAUUCUUACUAGUGCUUUAUAACCCCACCCACUCCAGACCAGAGUUCUAUGAAUGUUCCACUGCCACAGGAUCAAAUAAAAUGACCUUUGACUUCUACACAGGUUAUGAGGCUGUUCAGAUUAGCAAGAACACAAUGGGUAACAAUGAAAUGGUAGAAAUUGACCUUAAUCUGAUGCGAGAUGGUCACAAGUUUGAGCUGUUCAGAGAAGCUGUGCUAAAUAGUGCUAAUGACAGUGGUCUGGAUGUAAGUAGAAGAUCAAUGUCGCCAGAACCUGUUAAUAAUGAUGACAUUACUCCAAGGCUGAAACCUGCCCCACACAAGUCAAAGUUGCCAAUGAUGCAGUCUAUGGUGCCAGAAGUCUCUCUGUUUUUCGGAGAUGAAGAUACAACUUUUGUUCCGAGUGUUCAGCAUCCACGGUCUGUGCAACCUGUCUCUCGUGGUGGUGUGCCACAGAGUUCUGCUCCCAUACAGUCUGUGCCAAAUAACUCUAGUAGUAAUGCUCAGCAUAAACAAGCAUCUGUUGCAGUUAGUAACUAUGUGAAUAAUGCCCAAGGCAUAAGAACUACACAAAGUGUCAAUGGAAGUGGUAAAAGCUUGCCAAGUAUUCCACAUCAAGUGAAUACCCAACAAGCAAUGAAUGUAGAUGCAACUUUGUCGGGACAAGUGGUUCCCCAGAGUUAUUCAUCAUCAAAUCAGCAUAGUACAAAUGUUGUUCAAGCAUCUCAAGUCAGUUACCAGCAUGCACCAGGUGCCCCUAUGGGACAUGGACCAAGACCUGCCUACUGUAGCUGCCCAGAUUGUCCGAAACCACCACAGUUUUACAACAGACCUCAGUCCUACGAUACUAGAGGUGCACCUGCCCAACCACCUAGACCAUAUUAUUCUAAUUAUGGUCCACCGCCACCAAGAUUAGCAGAACAUUACCAAGGAUACCCCUCCCACCCAGGAGGUUACCCACACUACCAGGGGCCUGCUCCUGCAAAUCAGCCUUACCCUCAGUUUUCUCAUGGUCAGCCACAGCCGUCCAGCAUACCUUAUCCAGGAGCUCCUGCAUCUCAGAUGAAUGGUUUCCCACAGGGCAUGCCACAUUCACUUCCAAAUGAGUCGGUCUCCAAUAUGCAAGUGGCAAGCAGAUCAGUUCCAGCCUCAAAUCAACCCGCAUAUUCAAACAUGGUCCGUCAAACAGCUUCUCAAGGUCAUCCCAUUCAGAAAUCAGUAUCUAACCAUCCAGUUCCUCAGGCAAGUGGAGGUUUGCCAGUAAGAGCUGAGGAGAAGGCACCUUCACCUAGAACUCCUUCACAGAGUGCUGAAGGAACCAUGUCCAACAGUAAUGAGGUUAGAAGGUCAAACCCGAGUUCUGAGAGUAGUGCAAGGUCCAGUGAUGAUAGUGGACUCAGUUUUACACCAGAGAAACACCACUCACCAUCAAACCCAAGUCCAAAAUCAACUCAAGCCACAGGCGAUCUGAAGUCUUCACUUGGUGGCGUGAACUGGGAGAAUGUCCCUCCAGAAAUAUAUCAGCUUCUAGUUCAGCAGGAUAAGCAGUUGAAACAGCUUCAAGCUCAGAUUGAGGUUCUUACACUACAACAAGCACAGUCCUUGAACAACACUGCAGAAAGUGCUGUAAAUGUAAAACCUACAGGACCAGCACAGGGAGAGAAAUGCAACAUAGCCACUAACACGUCAUUAGGUUUAUGUCAGCAGAAAGAGCAAGUAUCUGCCUGUAUGCAGACUAGCCAACAGGAAGAUGAUAAUUUCCAAAGGGAUUCAGAGAACUCACAACGGCAUGGUGCUGUACGGCAAAACUCAAAUAGGGACCAGUCCAAUUCUAGUUCUAAUGGCAGUGGUUGUGAUGCCAGAACUCCUGCGGAGAUCAGACAUCGUGGCAGAUUACCUAUGAACAGUACACAGAGAGAUGAUGCUGACCUUGACAUUUCUCAGGGAGAGCUGGUAGCUUUGAUGAACAAUAUGCAUGACAGGACCAUUGAUAGUGUACAGUCUGAGAUGAUUGUUGAUCUUCCAAGUUUCCAGUCGUCUCCUACAAGGUCGCCAAGAUCUCAGGAAUCUUGUAACGAUUCUGCAGCAUUUAACAUGUCACCACGUUCCCCGAUAUCAGCGAGCAUGUGUGAGCAGGACCAGGGAGGCAGUGAGUCUGAGUAUUCUGACGAUGAUGAGGGCGAGGAGGAUAACACUGCAGGCACUGACAAUCCUGAAUACUACAACAGGCUUAUGGACAACAUUAAAAAGUUAUUAAGUCAGAACACGACAGAAAACACAACAGGAGGUGAUGGUGGUUACUCAGGAGAUGUUUCGUCAGAUCCAAGCACACCAGUCAAACUGGCAAGGGAGGAAAUCAACCUUGGGGAACAUCUUCAAUCAUUCUUCAGGUUUGAACAGAACAUGACAAAAGCUCAGACAGACACUACAUUCAUACCUAAGAUAAAUUACGUAUCCAUGUUGUUGGACUCAGACACUGACACUUCAAUGGAGAUCAAUGCAAUGGCAAUGAAAUAUCUCAAAGAUGAACAGCUUACCCAACUCACAAAAUUGCAGGCCAAAAAUAGAUUAUUACAGGGAUCUAAGAAAUCUUCAGAAAAAACUGCACUUCUUCAGAAAAUAUUAAAAAUGGAAGAUGACUGUACUCCAAAUGUGACGACUGUUGGCAUGUCACCAAAUGAUUUAACUUUUGCUACAAAGAGAUACCUUGAAAAACAUGGUUUACUGGAGGGUAGUGCUUCUAGUGGGAGUACAUCUAUCAGUGAUGCAACUCAAAAUGACAGUUAUAGAUUAAGAACUAAUUAUAGUACUUUGACCUCUGGGUCAGAAGAUGGUCCUGCACAGAUUACACGAGAAAUUCUUAGUACUCCAGCCAAUCGUCGUAGCGGACCUGUUGACACGCCCUCUAGUGGCAGAUGUACAGAUGAUAUUUACAGUAAUGGAACAACGCCUACAAAUAAUAAUUCAAGGACACCUUAUAAUGAUUCAAGAAACAGUGUAGGUUUUAAUAGGACACCUAAACCUAAUCAUGUUCAAAGUAGGUUAGAAGAUCAUAGAAGAGUUACCCCUAAUGGUUCAAAUGCUCACAAUAGUUCUGUUCCUCAGUCCCAAAAAGCAUCGCCAUUUUCACAAAACUGUUCUCCCUAUAACCAAGAUGUUACGCGUAGAGACAUUGGUGCUACAGGUCGCUACGUCAAUCCACAAAUUACUCGUCCUCCAAACCGUCCAAAUCAUUCCCCACCAGAAAAAGAAACUGCAAACAUUCAUUCUCCUGGAGAUUUGCGACAAGAAAAUGCAGGAUUUGGAAAUAAUACACCUGAUAAUUAUGGAAGAAAAAUGACUGUUCCUCAAAAACAAAUGGCCACUGAAGAAACUGAAAGUGUUCACAACUACUAUGAUUCUCGACAACAUCGCCCAGAGACAAUUGAAGACGAUAGAAUAUUAGAUAUUACACGUCUAAAACAGCUUCCUAAAUUACUUUGACCUUUAAGAUGAUUAAAUAAUUUUAAUGUCAAAUACCAGUACGAUUAAUUCUCAAUUUUCACAGUCUUUUUUUUUAAAGAAAUUUUAUCAGUUUACAGCAAUAAAGAUAUGUAGUUCAAAGCAUUUGGCAUUUUCAUGAGUAUUUUUUCUUGUUUUUCUUUGAGAACACAUCUAAUUUUCUUUGCUGUCAGAAGAUCAAAUAUUGAACAUGUAUCCAAACUAGAUCCUAACAAGUUGGUACUGGUUUAGAGUCCAGGGACACUGAAUAGGUUAAGUUAUACCAACUGUUAGCUAACUGAAAUUCUGUUGAAUAACAGCAUUAUAUCAAAACUUAAAAAAUGAGAUCAGAAUGUAGUUCUAGGUUAGCACAUAUUUAUAUAACAAUGUGACUACAAUGCAGUAGUGUCUACAAUUUGAUAAUAUUGGGUGCUGUAAAACUGCUUUUUUGUUAAUUUAAUUGCAGAAAAUACUUCCCCUUUGGAAAUAAGUUGUCAAUAGAAUCUCAUCUUGUAAUUUCAGAAUUAACUACUUGAUAACAUAUCCAUUGUUUUUAGAGGAUUUGAAUUACUGCAAGUUUUAAUGGGCAUUUAUUUUUUUAAUAUAUUUUGCAGCAUUGCAUAACCAAUUCAAAUGAAGCCUUUGCCAAGGCUUUUUAUAAUGCAUUUAUAAAACUUCCCUUCCAGAAUUGUGUUUUUGUAAGUUUCAUUUAUAGUUGAUUAUAUAUAAUGGAUAUUUUUUUCACAACUUGGAAGCUGUAAAUUAUGAAAACAGUAUAUCUGAAACAGUGAUUUCAGAAAAUCUUAAUUCUGUGAAUGACGUUAAAUUCAAAUUAAACAAAGAAUAUUUUAAGGGCUGGUGGGGGGCGGGGGUCUGUAGUAUACAUACCAAUAAUUGCCAAUAUUAUACAAUAGACUGUGAUAUCUAUAUAUUCUAUUGUCUCAUUUUGUCUUAUUUAUAAAUAUUUUAUACUCAUUCUUUUACAUUUAUGUCAGGUUUUUAUUUAUUUUAUUUUAAAAGCUUUUUUGUUCUCUGUCCAGUAUUUGAAAGCAGCUUUUUAUUUUAAUAGAAUUUAUUUUUAGGUUGUAAAUUAUGUUGUUAUUUUGGAGUAAUAUUACUAUAAGAAAUAUUUAAUAGACAGUAUUCUAACAGAAAGUAGUUCUUAUUUACAUACGGCAAACUAGAAAGAAAUAGUCUAUAGUGCUAUAUAAUAUGAAAUUAUUUAGGAAUAAAAGAUUUUAGUGUAGCAACUGUUCUUUUAGCUUUAAGUACACUCAGUCAGCUAUUUUUAUCUUGAUUUUAUACAACGUAGAUAGAUAGGUCUUUGUCAGAAAUCUUUAAUGAAAUAUUAAAGAUUUUCUUGAUGUAUGUUAAAAAAAAUGAUUGGCUGUUCUACUUUUGUUCUGUCCAUUGGCAUUUAGUAAGGUCUUCAGAGUUGUAUAGGUAGUAAGCUGCUUCAGUUUUCACUGUGUAAGUUUAAAUGUUGAGAUAAGUACUAACUUUAAGUGGGUGUUUGAAGACCCAUGCUGUUUCUUUAUCAGAAUUUAACUGAAUUCUGGCUUAGGUAUUCUACUAGUACUGCUGAAAUAAAUCUGGUGUUGCAGUAUUUUAUGCCAUUUUUAGACUAUUGAUGUUUGUUAUUCAAAUGCUAAAUAUCUGGUAGGAAUAUUAGUCUGUGCCAAAAUUAAUAAUUAAGUUACAGAAUGAACAUUAUAAAGUCGGAAAAGACUCUAAAAUGUUGGAAGAUUUCCUUCCCUUGUAGAUGUGGCUUCAUAGCUGGGUUUUUUUUUCAAGUAUUGACAUCAGUGCAUGUUGAACAUCUUUGGUUUUUACCUGUAAACUUAAAUUGUUAUUCUUGGUAAGUUGUCUAUUUUGGUUACUCUUGUUUCCAUAUUUUAUUUGUAAUCGGUAAAGUAGCACUUUUUCAAAUUACUGAAAAAGUGUCUGUUCUUUGAAUGUAACUGUUUACACAGAAAGAGGUAGAGAAUAAGUAUAAUUUAAAGCUUCUGCCAAAAUCUUAGUAAUGAACAUUAGAUGAAAUAUAAUUCAGCUAGAUAUAUAAGACCCCUUUAAUUAAAUGUAAUAGAACAGUGCAUUUUAAAUUUGUUUGUAUAUUGACUAAAGCAGUAGCAUUUUCAAAACAUAUGAUAGCACUAUAUGAUAAUUGCUGUAAAAUGAAUUUGAGUACCAAGAGAACAUUUUACAGGAAGUCCCAGUAAGGAAAUAAAGAACUGUUAGCUUUUACCUGUUUUACUUGUUAAAUUAUUAGUGUAUAUAUCUUAAUAAAUUAUUUAUCUUAUAAAAUACAA